GAUCUCUCCCACCUUUCAAGUUUCAUGGCCACCAAAGUUCUCCCGCCAAAACAACUCCAAAACCUCCGUUUCUUCAUCACAAGGUCUCUUAACACCUCCUCCUCCUCCAAAGCCGCCGCCGCCGCCGCCUCUCCUCUAAAUUUGGCUGAAAAACCCGAACCCCCUAUCCAAGAACCUCCCACUAUCAUUCAAGAACAUGCAAAACCAUCCAUUCUAGACUUUAAUGACCAUCAAAAACUUUUCUCAAAUUUGCCAACCACCAAACUAUUGCACGCAUCUUCAAUUCUUCACUUGGUUUCUAUAGGUCCUCUGGUUGACUUUGGGAUGUGGGUUAUGAAUUCCAGGAUUAUGGAGACAGAUAAUAUUGUACGUGAUGUUGUGUUAAAGACGGUAAGGCAUACGUUCUUUAAACACUUUUGUGCUGGAGAAGAUGCUGUUGAGGCCAGAAGGUGUAUUGAGAGAGUUAAUGAAACCGGUUUGAGAGUAAUGUUGGAUUUUGCUGUUGAAUAUACAAGUAAUAAUGAUGCUUGUGAUCAGAAUCUGAAAGGGUUUCUUGAUUCUGUUCAAUUAGCCAUGUCUCUUCCUCCAUCUUCUGUGAGCAGUGUGGUGGCAAAGGUCACAGCAAUCUGCCCCUUAAGCUUGUUAGAGAGAGUUAGUGAUUUGUUAAGGUGGCAACAAAGAGACCCUUCCUUCAACCUUCCAUGGAAACAGAACAGUUUUCCAAUUUUUUCUGAUUCUAGCCCUUUGUAUCAUACACUUAAAAAACCAGAACCAUUAACUCCACAAGAAGAGAAUGAUCUCCAAUUAGGCCAGGAGAGAUUGUGGAAACUAUGUGAAAAAUGUGUCCAGGUCAAUAUCCCGUUGACGGUGGAUGCAGAGCAUAUAUCAGUUCAACCUGCCAUUGAUUACUUGACGUAUUUGACAGCAAUCAAGUACAACAAAAAUGGUAAUUGCAUUGUGUAUGGUACAAUUCAAGCCUACUUGAAAGACGCAAAAGAGAGGUUGUUACUUGCAACAAAAGCCGCUGACAAGAUGGGAGUUCCUAUGGGGAUUAAGUUAGUGAGGGGUGCUUAUAUGUCAAGUGAAAGAAAAAUAGCCUCUUCGUUAGGCUAUGAAUCUCCAAUUCACAAUAGUAUUCAAGAGACACAUGCUUGCUACAAUGAUUGUGCUUCUUUCAUGCUUGAAAAGAUCGCUAAUAGCUCAAAUGCAGUCAUUCUUGCAACACAUAAUGUUGAAUCAGGAAGAUUGGCAGCGACGAAGGCAAUAGACUUGGGGAUUGAGAAGAGGAACCAAAAGCUUGAGUUUGCACAGCUAUAUGGAAUGUCAGAUGCGCUUUCAUUUGGUUUAAGCAAUGCAGGUUUUCUGGUUAGCAAAUACACGCCAUACGGGUCUAUUGAGAUGGUUAUCCCUUACCUUCUAAGGAGGGCUGAAGAGAAUAGGGGACUGUUAUCUGCUUCAAGCAUUGAUAGGGAACUCACGAGGAAGGAGUUGAAGAGAAGGCUUAAAGCUGCUAUAUUUUGAAGUGAAGUUCAAAGCUUUCAAUGACAAGCUGAUAACAAUCUCUACAAAUAAAGAAAGUUAAAAAUAAAAUUUAGAUGUAAUGUAAAUAUGUAAUCAAAAGCAAAUUACUCGUUAAUACAAAGUAAUUCAUGCUGUAUUACAAAAAGAAAACUGUUCGUAGAAUUAUUGAAUGGUAAUGUCCUGCGACAGAUUUAAUUA